AUGGAAUUGUUCAAGGCUUUUCGAUUGAUUACUAUCCCAAUUACUCUCUUAAUCAUUUUGCUAACGUCGAUUAACGGGCAGAUUAGCACGCCAUGCACAGCCUCAAUGAUCAGCAACUUCACCCCAUGCAUAAAUUAUAUCACUGGGAGCAGCAGCAAUGGCACGUCACCACCAACACAGAGCUGUUGCAGUUCGGUAAAGUCGUUAUUGGGCACCGGCACAGACUGUGCUUGUCUUCUCAUAACUGCCAGUGUCCCGUUCCAACUGCCCAUUAACCGAACCCUGGCGCUAUCUCUUCCUCGAGCUUGUAAGAUGGGGGGCGUCCCAUUACAAUGCAAAGCUGCUGCUAGUCCCUUAGCAGCUCCAGGUCCUGCCUUACUAGGGCCAACUCCCCCACGAACAGCUUCUUCCCCUUUAAGUCCAAGAGCUUCUAAGGCAGUGGCAGAAGCUCCUGCACCACAAUCUGGGACAGCUGAUGAUCUGCAGCCAACAUUUCCACCAGUAGAAUCAGAAGCUCCAACAAAAUCUACUCCAGGGAGUGGUCGACUGACCCCAUCAGCAUCUACUCUAUCUUAUGUUUCCCCACCCUCUCUCCUACUCAUAAUUUUGGGACUUGUGGUUUAUAAGUCCUACUGA